UGGAACAAAAGAAGAAACCUUUACAGUGACAUCCACAAGAAAGGAUAAGUUGAUUAAUUAGGUCUGAAUGAAACCAGGACCACUUGAUUUAAAGAUAUGGUGACAGAGAAAUGAAUAAAUUCACAACAACCAGCAAUCUCCACAAGUCCUUAGGUCCCAUAUCAAACCGCAUCACAUGAUUCUGUCUUAACCAUUCUGAAGGCUCAACAACUAUAUAUAAUCUCUUUACAUGAGCCAUUUUGAUCAUCAAGCAGACAGCACUACAUCAAUCUUUUAAAAUAUCAUCAACUUUUUCCAUUAUUUCAAAUAAAUGAACAUGAUCAGUGCUAAGAAACUCAUCAAGAUGGCAAGGAAAUGGCAGAAGUUCGCAGCGAAUCAGAGGAAGAGAAUUUCUUUUCCAAGAUCCAAUUACAAUGAUGCAGAGAGUUGCAGCACAUCAUCUUCUAUAGUUGCUAAAGGGAAUUUUGUGGUGUAUACAAUCGAUAAGAAGCGAUUUGUGGUUCCGUUGGCUUAUCUUCAACACGAGGUAAUCAGACAACUGUUGCACAUGUCUGAAGAAGAGUUUGGACUACCAAGUGAUGGCCCCAUCACGUUACCGUGUGAUGCACUAUUCAUGAACUACAUUAUAUCACUCAUCAGAAGAGGUGUAUCUACAGAUUUUCAAAAUGCUUUGCUUGUAACAGUCGCUUCCAGUCGAUGCUCAUCAGCUUCAUAUCUUGAAGAACAAAGAAACCCGCAAUUGCUAGUUUGUUAAUCUAACUGUGAUAAAUUUUGUACCAUAAUACUUGAAGGUGUAUACAAUUUUUACAUCUAAUUUUUAAUCAGAAUUAAACUGCAUAUUUUU